CGUCUCUCACAUUAUUAUUACUACAGCUAUUCCAAAAGAUAAGCACACUCUCUCUUACAACCAUUUCAAGCACCAAAACAAAUCUCUCUCCCUCCCUCUCUCUCUCUCUCUCUUGUGGAGUGAAGAAUAUAUAAGAGAAAAACAGGUUGAUGGAAAGAGUGAAACCAAAGAUGGGUUUUGAGGAGACUGAGUUAAGGCUAGGGUUACCAGGAAAUGUUAGCAGUGAAGGAGGAGAAGUGGCAAGGAAGAGAGGCUUCUCUGAGACUGUUGAUUAUUUGAACCUCAAUCUUUCCUCCUCCGCUGCGGCGGAGGAUCCGAAUGACAAGGCAAAGAAUGGUGUGGAGAAGAACCUUCUCUCUGCAGCUGAUCCAGCUAAGCCUCCAGCUAAGGCACAAGUUGUGGGUUGGCCACCAGUGCGUUCAUUCAGAAAGAACAUGAUGGCCGUCCAAAAGACCACCGCAGACCCCCAUCAGAAUAAGAACAUUAAUGAGAAGGUCUCCGAUGCGACCUUCGUGAAGGUAAGCAUGGAUGGUGCACCUUAUCUUCGCAAAGUGGACUUGAAGAUGUAUAAGAGUUAUCAAGAACUCUCUGAUGCCUUGGGGAAAAUGUUCAGUUCCUUCACUAUAGGUAAUUGUGGACCAAAUGGAAUGAAGGAUUUCAUGAAUGAGAGCAAGCUUAUGGAUCUCCUCAAUGGCUCUGAUUAUGUCCCAACUUAUGAAGACAAAGAUAGUGAUUGGAUGCUUGUUGGAGAUGUUCCAUGGGAAAUGUUUGUUGAAUCAUGCAAGCGUCUCCGAAUAAUGAAAGGAAAGGAAGCAAUUGGACUUGCUCCAAGAGCCGUGGAGAAGUGGAAGAACAAAAGCUAGGGCAAGGAGCAGCAUGACCUGCAGCUUCUCUUUGAUGUGUCAUACAGUACAUGCAUAUUAUUGAGCAGUGUGGUUGUGUGUUAUGUUUUUGAUUUGUAAAAUUAUGAGAUACUUGGGUAAUUAAUUAUUACUAUAUUAUAAGUAAAACAGUUAAUAACUCUUUUUCAUUUAUGUUCCAAAACUUGGUCAAUAUGUCUUGUCUUUGCUUUGCUUUGCUUAGUAGUUAUCAAUGGCUUGUCUCAAUAACAAUUUGUAAUAAUUAAUUAAUGUUGUACCC